AUGUCGGAAGAAUUGAUCUGUAAUUGUAAAGGUUCUCUAACGGAACCAUUUACUUCAUUAAAUGAUCUUUCCGUUCAUCAUGUGUCUUAUAAUGAGUUUGAAAAACAAUAUACCGAACUGUUUCAUUGGUGUGAAAAGAUCUUCGAGACAAUAACGACGGUUUCAUCAAACGCGUUAGUACGUUACCUUCGACAGAAAUAUUAUGAAGAAUUGUAUGAACAAGGUUUAAUGCGUUUACGUGUCUUUGAUCAGUAUGCUGAUAAACUAACGGAACGUUUUCCCGACUUAAAAUUAAAUAUUAAUGAUAAAAUGAUCCGUAUAAAUCGUCAAUGGAAUUCUCUUGAAUCCCGUUUUCUCGAUUAUCUUGAUGAAGAUUUCGAUCGCAUACUUCAAGAUUUACAUAGUGAAUUACUGUUAUUUGAGGAAUGGCUUAAUGAAACUGAAGAACAAUUAUCAACUUUUACAUCGAUACGCAGCGAUGACCUUUCAUUAGAAGAUUUUCAGUAUAAACUUCAUCAACAUACGAAAUUACAAGAUGAGAUCAAAUCGCGCAAUAGUCGCGUAUCAUCGAUCAUCGAGAUCUGUGAACGUUUGAGACACGAUUACAAUGAACAAAUCGAUCUCGUUCCGUUCGAUUUUGCCAGCGAUCUGGAAAAUCGCUGGCAUCAAACAUGGAUCAAUUCAGUGGAAAUUCAAUGUAAACUCGAAGAGAAACUCAAAAUUCUUCGGGUAAGUAGUUUUCAAAUAAAUCCAUUCGAACGACUUGCAUACAAACAGUUCAUUGAACGAAGUCCAACACCAUUUGUUCUAUCUGACGAAAAAGACGUAGCCGACGACGAAGAGGACGAUAUUAUCCCGUUUGAAUCAAGUGAAUACGAGAAAAUUCCUCUCACCGGAUCAAACACCAGUCUCGAUAGUUUAUAUUACUCGAAAUCGAAUUCCAAACGUUGUCAGUCACCCUUAAUUCUUUCUUCGAAUAGCAAUCUUCAAUCAAACUCGAUUUAUAUGAAUAAAGACAUGGCAAGAUCAAAACGGCAAAUGUCAUUAAAUUUUCUCCCAAUAAAUUCUCCAUCGACAUUUUAUUAUUCAUUAACCAAUAUAAAUGAUCUUGAUGAUCAAAUAAACACAAAUAAAAAACAAAAACGAACAUUUUCUAAAUUAGAUGUCGGAUAUGAAAGCGAAGAUGAAACUAAUCAGUCGAACGAAAGUCUUCAACCGAUAUUUCAAAUCAAAACAAGUCAAAGUGAUUAUUACAUUGGACAAAAUUUCACAAAUCACAACAAAACAAGUUUUACUUCCCUAACACAUUCAUUACCAGUCCUUGAACACAAUCAUCAUUUGCCUAAUUGGUGGCGACAUUCAAUUACAUCAGCAUACGAUACGUGUUCCAACCCAGAUAUUGACAUAAGUAUUGAAGAAGCGAAAAAAGCUCAAGUCAAACCAUCCUUACUCAUGUACAGUAAAAAGUAUACAGAUUCGAAACCAUCUCCGUCGCAGUUAUCACCAUUGCAAAGUAAAUUACCAUCGAAUCCAGCAUCGAAUUCUUAUGAUGCUAGUGCAGAAUACACGGACCCUGAACAGUCAGAGAACGAUGUGGAUAUCCUAUCUUCUGAUUUUAAUUCGAAUUCACCAGUUCAUCGUUAUCAUAAUUCUGAACCACAGUAUUAUAAUCGAUAUAAGAAAACAACUACUACGACCACUACCACUACCACCACAGGAUAUUCGUCGGAUGUCGAAUUAGAAACAACGACAACGCCAUCGGAAACGGAAGAUCAACAACAAACACCAAAUUUAGGUGAAGUAUCUCAAAUGAUGAAGGUUGAUUUGAUCAAUUUACCAAUGUCGUCGACGUCAGACGUAUUCGAUUCAUUGAACACAAUUAUCAUGGGAGAGAAGGUCGAUGGUUCUGAACCAUGUUGGGAUGGAUAUCAGAAUCCCUUGUUUUAUCAACUGAACUCCUAUGACAUUGAUUCCAUGGAAACAACAUUGAAAUGGGAAGAUCAGUUUUUAGAAAUGGAUGUACCCAAUGAUUCGUCAUCGGAUAAUGAAAACUAUUUCGACGACAAUUUCAAUCGUUCACUUAAGAAUAUCCAUGGCUCAUCAUCAUCAUUGACAGGUGGCUUAGCUGGAAAUAAAGAAUUAUUAGAUUCUGACUCUGACUUAGACGAUUUCAACUACGUGUUAAAUGAAACAGAACGACAGUUAUUUAAAGCACGACAAAGUUUAGAGAAGAAAAAACGUCAACAACAAUUUACAUUAAACGAUCGCAAUCUACGAAAAUAUGAUGAAGUCUUGCGAACGUGUGAAACCAAUAUUCAAUGCUUACAACAAAUUUUAAAGAAUCUUCAUCGAUCAAAGAAUUCACGUCUCAACAGCACAAAAGCGAUUGAACAAUUACAAAGUAAACCGUCAGAUUCGACUCUCCAUCUCGACAACACUCGUUUUAUAUGGACGUUUUGUAACCAAAAUACAUAUCUCUCUGGUUGGCAUGACAUGCGACAACAAGUUAAUGAUGAUCGAAUACAAGCUCGUCAAUUGCUCUACGUAUCGCAAGAGAUUAUCAAAUUGAAAUUACGCUUAGACGAAGAGUUAGCUCGUAUCGAUUCUUCACAUAAUCAAUCUCAUCCCUGGUUGAAUGAGGGCUCCUUAACUGAAAUUAUGAGACGAAUUAAUUACGAACUUGAAUCGGAAAAAGAAUCUCGACAAAAAAUAUCUUCUUAUCGUUCUGAUAUCCUCCUUGCCGAAGAACAUCUUAACGAAUAUCGAAUGGCACAUUUCGACAGUCCAUCCUCAUCGAAUAUUGAUGAACAUUUACAUAGUUGUCGUCUGGCACUUAACCAACUGACCGAUAAAAUGGACACGUAUCAAAGUCAAUUACGUACAUUAUCAAAAAUGAUCGACAAUCUCAUUCCUAUUGAAACACAAAUCGAACAGAAAUUAACGUCAUGCGAAUACAAUAACAAUUAUCAGAUGAAUUUGCAAGACAUCCAAAGAUUAAUUGAGAAAUACGAACAAUCCGUAAAUCAUUUAAAUUAUUCAAGAACUCAGUACACAUCAAAUUUGCAUUUGAAAAUCCAGAAUCACUGUGAAUCGAAGUUAGACUUAUACAAGAAGAUGCUAAGUGAAUUCGUUCGUAAAAGUCAAUCGAAACAUGUGUCGUUUGAUGGAUCAAUUAAUCUAAAUAAUAACAAUUCAUCUAUAUUUCAUACAUCAUCUUCCUCGUCGUCAGCAACUCCUUUGCAAUACUCUUCCCAACAGAGUUACAAUCAGAAUAGCCGACAGAAAAAAUACCGGCGUACAACUGAUAGUCGAACGACAUUAAACGAUUCGAAUCAAAAUUUCGGUAACGAAACGGCGAAUAAACAAAGUUCGACAACUUCUUAUAUAUCCGAUGAUUGCAAAGUUUUAUACAUUGAAACAGUUGUUGAAGUAACCAAACCUGUCUUCUACGAACGUACAAACGAAACAACAACAACAACAACAAAUACCGAGUACCAUCAUCAAAUUCCUCAAUCCACUAUAGAUACUCACCAAUCAACAAAUCAUUACUAUAAACUACACGAAUCAUCCGACGACGAAUCAGCUAAACCGGUGAACGUGCAUAAAACAUCAACAAAUACAACUGAUCGCCGACGGAAUAAAUUUCAACAAGUUGAUAGCGGAAUUGAGUAUGAUCGAACAUCUCUUCCACCAUCUUCUUCAUCAUCAACAAUCUACACACAUCAGACUGUUAAUGAUAAUUCCAAACUUUUAUUUCCACCUGUUUCGACUACUUCGAUUCUUGAUGACACAUCUCAGUCCACACUUCUUCAUCGUUUACAAUCAACAAAACCGACAUUGAUGGAAGAUAAAUCAGCAAAAACUGUUACUUCAAGUCCAACAAGAAGUUCCGUUUGGAAUCGUUUGAAACAAACAUGGCUCCGUUCGCUUUUGCUUGGUCUUUUAAUCCUAUUUAUUUUAUUUUUUGUCUAUUUCAAUCGACUUGACACAUGUUCCAAGUCGACUCUCGUUCGAACAGUUUUCCACAAAAUUAUUUGUAUUGAAAAUGAAGGUAUACCCACAAUUUGA